GCCGCGGCCGGAUUUGUGACGAGUUUCGCGGCGGGCACCGACUGGGGCACACGUCGACGUCGAUAGUCGCCCGACACUAGUAUUUACCUUCGGCCUGUGGGCAUCGAAUGCGGAACGUGCCGUUGUCGAGCGGCAAUUGAUGCAAUCAUCUUGUUGAGCGUAAACAAACGACACAAUGAUGUCACGCGGGCUGCACGUCCUGCUAUGUCUGUCCGUAAUGGUGACGGUGGCGUUUCCUCACGCGCUGCCAACCGAAGAAAUUCUGGUGGUGACGACGGGCUCCGGCGGUGACACAUCGUCGAAUGUGACGCCGAGCGAAGCAGUGGAGGUGACAUCGGAGGAGCCCAAUGCCCCGAUCGCGCUCACCGAGAUGGCGGUGCGGUCGGAGAUCAGCUUGCGUUACGCCAGCACCGCGGUGGUGGCUCAUGUGCACAACCCCGCAUCCCGCGCACAGGAGUACACCUUCAGGGUACUACUGCCGGAGACUGCCUUCAUCAGCGGAUUUGUCAUGACUUUAGAAGGGAAACCCUACAAAGCUUACGUAAAGGAGAAGGAGGAGGCUAAGAACAUUUAUAAUCAAGCGGUGGCACAGGGCAUCGGGGCCGCGCACGUUGCUGCCAAAGCUCGUGAUUCCAACGUGUUCACGGUAUCCGUGAACGUGGAGCCGAAGUCCCGCGCGGUGUUCAAUCUGACGUACGAGGAGCUGCUGUCGCGGCGCAACGGCGUCUACAACCACGCAGUGAACCUGCACCCCGGCGCGCUGGUGCCGCGCCUCACCGUCACCGUGCACAUCCGCGAGACCCAGGGCAUCGCCGUGCUGCGCGUGCCCGAGAUACGCACCGGCAACGAAGUCGACGCUACCAAUGAAGACGCACAGAACAAAAAUGCCGUAAUUAAGCGAAGCAAUAAAAAUCGUGAGGCAACUAUCACGUUCACACCAGACCUCGAAGAACAGAAAGUAUUGAUUCAAAUAUAUAAGGACAAGAGUAGUGGUCGCAAUGUGAACAGGUACGGGUACCAGAGCCAAGAGGAAGUGCCGCAGGAUGGCACGCUCGGACAGUUCGUCGUUCAAUACGACGUCGAUCGCUCCAAGACCAAUGAAGUUUUGGUAAACAACGGCUACUUCGUGCACUUCUUUGCGCCGAGCGAGCUGCCGCCGCUGAGCAAGCACGUGGUGUUCGUACUCGACAUCUCCGGCUCCAUGAGUGGUCGCAAGAUCGAGCAGCUCAUCGAGGCCAUGCAGACCAUCCUCGGAGAACUCAACAAGGGCGACGUUUUCAAUAUCGUCCAGUUCGAGUCUUCGGUUCAGAUUCUAGAUAUAGCGUCUGCUUACGAGCGGCCGGCCACGUACGAGAACAAUUUCUACUACCGGCCCGCUUCAUACGACAUUCCGCCGCUGCUGCCGCCCGUCCCCGCCACACCUGACUUCAUCGCCAAGGCCAAGCUGCUCAUAUCCAGACUUCGCGCUGGCGGUGGAACAAAUAUCGGCACUGCUCUCGACACGGCGAUUGCCCUCAUACAAAAAUACGGUGCCGCCACUCGCAAUGUCUCCGCUGCCGCCACCACCACCACCACCACCACCACACCUGCCGCACAACACUCUGAAACCGGUGAAAACACAUCGGAUGCGUCAGUUCCAGAACCUGAGAAGAAACAAGAUGGAGCUGCAGUUCAAAAUAACGACAGUGAAAUUAAAAAUGAUGAAAAGGAACCAAUAAUAAUUUUCCUAACGGACGGCGAGCCGACUGAGGGCGAGCGAAAUCCUACAAAGAUCAUCAGCGUCGUGGCUGAGAAGAACUACGGAGACCACAAGGCGUCCAUUUAUUCCCUAGCCUUUGGCGAGGACGCGGACAAGUCGUUCCUCCGCAAGCUGUCGCUGAAGAACGUGGGCUUCAGCCGGCACAUCUACGAGGCGUCGGACGCGGCGCUGCAGCUGCACGACUUCUACCGCCAGAUCUCCUCACCCCUCGUCGCCAACGUCAAGUUCGUCUACCCGCCCGACCAGGUGAAGGACGGAUCGAUAACGAAGCACAAGUUCAGACGGUUCUACGCGGGCUCGGAGGCGGUGGUGGCGGGACGUCUGCACGAGGACGCCACAGAGCUCGCUCCACACGUCUACGGCAUCUGCGGUGUCGGCCUCGACGAGGGAUCCAGGAAACGUUACGACGUAACUACGUCGGUGUCGGUGGCCGACAAGACGGAGUCCUACCUGCCGCUGGAGCGGCUGUGGGCCUACCUCACUAUCCAGCAGCUGCUCGACGAGCACCAGGUCACCGACCUCAAGGACGAUGAUGAGAACAACCCCGCUAAGAAGGCGCUCAAGUUGGCACUUAAGUACGAGUUCGUGACGAGUCUGACAUCGCUGGUCGUGGUCAAACCUAACGCGACCAGUGCUGUCGAUACUGAAUCUGCAGAUAAAGCUUCGUCGUCGUUCCCUACAGCGUUUUACGAUUCCGCGCCACCGAGCGGACCUUCUUCCUUCUCGCAUUACUCCAUGAUGGCUCGGCCUAGUUACUCUAAUAACGCAUAUCCGAUCGCGCUGAGCGGCAUGGCCGCGCCGAUGCUCGACAUGCAUGCUUAUGAAGAGUCUGAUAUAUUAGCCAUUGACGAUUACGGUGUCCUCAGAGGAGACGUUUCCCGUAUAGAGGAUUUUGACUAUCACUCAUUGAUUACUGGAGGCAACGGAUUCCCCUUUUACUCAUCGGGACGCAAUUUUAUUCCGGGUAUUCACGUCAAGAGGAUUUCGCCAAAAAUUCGGGGCUACGUGGUCACGACGCCGGUACCACCGCCAUCGUCCACCACUUCCAGUCCGUUAGAGUCGUAUCACUUGGAAGACUUCGCCUGGCUCGCUCCUCUGUUGAACACAACCACAGAUAGUAUCACUUUGAAUCAAAACGGAACGCAAGUGAUCUUAAAAAUUACAAAAGAUAUUAACGCACCUAAAGCGGCGUCGGGUGACACGGAGUGCCCGACCGCGACGGACGCUUCCGCGGGCCGAUGUGUGUACUUGUCGCGGUGCCCGAAGGCUCGAGACGUCACUCUACACCUCUACACCAGCAUUUACUGCGUCGUCGGUGAUGGGUAUGCUGGUGUUUGUUGUCCGACGAGCGAAGUAAAAGAGAUACAGUAAAGCGACCUGCCUUCAAUUUUAGUAUUAAUCCUUUAAUU